AUGUCGCCUGCAAUGAAACUCAAUGCCGAGCCUAACUUGGACAUUAGUUUCCAAGAUUAUCUCAUCCUUUCAAAGCUCGUAUUUGACUGGGCAGACAGCUAUGAUGCAAAGGACUGGGAUCGUCUUCGCGGUAUCAUUGCCCCGACAUUGACGGUGGACUAUACCAAGAUCGGCCUUAAGCGAUGGGAUGACAUGGCGGCUGAGGACUACAUGAAAAUGGUGACACACCCGGGAUUCCUAGGAGACCCCACCAUCAAGACACAACACUUACUCGGUCAAACAUGGUGGGAAAAGAUCUCGGAUACCGAGGUUAUCGGCCACCAUCAACUUCGUGCCGCCCAUCAGGUAUACACUGACGACAGUCUUGCGGAGGUAAAGCUUCGUGGUCAUUCGCAUGCCACAAACGAGCACUACUACCGUAAGGUCAACGGAGUGUGGAAGUUCGCCGGGCUGAAGCCUAAUGUGAGAUGGAACGAGCUUAGAUUUGAGGAGGUUUUCCGAGGACUGGACUAA